UGCGCGCCCGGGGCCCGCUGGUCUGACGGGCUGUUGCCAAAUGGCAUUGCUGGCGGGAAAGUUGAGCCUGAGGCGCUGACGGGGCAAUGUGCAGCGAUUUUCGCAAGGCCGAAUCCGGGACGGAGCUCCUUGCCCGACUUGAAGGCAGAAGCUCCUUGAAAGAACUAGAACCCAACCUGUUUGCUGAUGAAGAUUCACCCGUGCAUGGUGAUAUUCUUGAAUUUCAUGGUCCAGAAGGAACGGGAAAAACAGAAAUGCUUUAUCACCUAACAGCCCGAUGUAUACUUCCAAAGUCAGAGGGUGGGCUGCAGAUAGAGGUCUUAUUUAUUGAUACAGACUACCACUUUGACAUGCUUCGGCUGGUGACUGUUCUUGAGCAUAGACUGUCGCGAAGCUCCGAGGAGACCAUAAAGCUCUGCCUGGGCCGAUUCUUCCUGGCCUACUGCAGCAGCAGCAUGCAGCUGCUGCUCACGCUCCACUCCCUGGAGGCUCUGUUCUGUAGCCACCCCUCUCUCUGCCUUCUCAUUGUGGACAGCCUGUCGGCUUUCUACUGGACAGACCGCGCCAGCGGAGGAGAGAGUGUGGCCCUGCAGGAAUCUACUCUGAGGAAGUGUUCUCAGCUCCUAGAGAGGCUGGUCGCUGAGUACCGCUUGCUGCUGUUCGCGACGACGCAGAGUCUAAUGCGGAAAGCCUCGGCCUCAGCAGAGGAGCCUUCCUCCUCCAAGCACGCGGGCGAUGGAGACGUAGACUACAGAGCCUAUCUCUGCAAGGCUUGGCAGAAGGUCGUGAAGCACAGAGUCAUCUUCUCCAGAGAGGAUGAGGCCAAGAGCAGCCGGUUCUCGUUAGUUUCACGUCACUUAAAAAGUAACAGUUUAAAAAAACACGUUUUUAUGAUCCGAGAAAGUGGGGUGGAGUUUUGUUGAUCUCUAUCAUCAAAAAGGCUUUUGAGACCUCUAAGGCAAGUUAUAAAGUCUUCUGUAGGCUAAAGUGGUUUGAUUCUAAAGUUCUUGAUUCCGCGGAAAUUAAUAUAAACAGCACAGUAAAACUCGACUGUGGAAGGUCAGUCAGCACACUGCACUCCACUGAGCUUGUUUUGGAACUCAAUAAAUGAUCCGCGUUUAGACUGAGUCAUGUUUUGAGUACUGUAGGAAGGGUUCGUUGCUGAUCCCUUGCCUCAUUGAGGCGCUGUGGCUGGAGAGGGUGUGCAGAGCUUUUGGCUAUUGCUUUAGGCAGAGGAAUGGGCACAAGGGCCGCCUGCUCAGCUGCCUCCCUCAAGAAGCUGGAAUGAGUUGGGUGUGGUGGUGCUUGCCUUCAAUUUCCAGCACUGGGAAGACAGAGGCAGGUGGAUCUCUGAGUUCAAGGCCCACCAGGUCUACAUAGUGAAUUCCAGGACAGCCACAUUAUGUACAUGAAUAGAAACUUACCACCCAUGCAGCUUGAAUCCUGGAACCCUGACUGGGAGUGGCAAAGAAGGACAGACAGACACAGGGAAGCUGGGGUCCAGUGGGCGUCUGCCUCUACUGCAAACUCAGCAUUCUUACUAGGUACAGCACAAGAGUGUUGGUAGCCAUCUUGGGAGGAGAUCUUUGUAGGUGAGCUAGUUGUGGGGCGUUUACCCAACCACCCCCACAGUUCCCCAGAGUUUUCUUGAGUGCGAGCAGCAGGAAAUAUUAGAUAGAAGGAUUUAUUGCGGAGAAUAUCACGGAGAUAAACAGAUAGAAAAUAAAGGAUAGCCUCGAGAGGGCCUGGAACCUAUUCCAACGGGCCCCGACUGUCUCUGCCCCAGGGUUUUUAUAGAGACGCCAAGGGGUGGAGCAAAAGACCUCCUCCCCCAGCACAGCCAAGUGCAGACCAUCUCAGACACCUGUACUCAGGCCCGUGGUCUAAUCAUCCUCUAUGCGGACCUACUGGGUAAAGCCACGAGGAACCCGAGAACGGGCUCCCACAGCUAGUCCUUGCACACACUGGACAAUUGCCCACAAUCAUUCCUGAGGAAAGCUUUGCCGUUUCUGCUGAGUCUGGUCCAUAUGUGUAGUGGCUUUGCCAAUUGUCCAUGGGCCUAAGCCCUUGGACUCCUCAACACGGCCAUGCCUGUGUCAACAGUGCACAUUCACGAAGAACUUAAUUAACUCGGCUUCCUCAGCUCCCUACAGGGAAUGUCAUUAAUUGUGUACAAUUGGACUGGAGAGAUGGCUCCACGGUUAAGAGCACUGGCUACUCUUCCAAAGGACCUAGGUUCAAUUCCCAACACCCACAUGGCAGCUCACACCGGUCUAUAACUCCAGUCCAGGGUAUCUGACACCCUCACACAAAUAUACAUGAAGGCAAAACACCAAUGCACAUAAAUUAUAAUGAUUUUUUAAGAGAUUUAUAAGCCAGGCAUGGUGGCUCACACUUUUAAUCCUAGCACUCAGGAGGCAGAGGCAGGUGGAUCUCUGAAUUCUGGAACUUGCAGUUUGGAAAUAAUGCUUCCAAUAUCCUACUGAAUAUAGAACAGAUCCCAGAACAGAGUGAGUUCUGGGACAUCUAGAGCUUGUAGCAUGAAUCUUAAAGAGUCUUAUUAAUAAAACAAACCUGAGCCAGGUAUUGGGGUGAAUGCUGGAUGGUCAGAGAGACAGAACAAGCCACAGCUAACCUCACCUGGCCAACUUCUCAGCUGACCUUGUUUCCUCAGACUGGAAGCCUCUGUGUCCUCAUAUCCGAAUGGCUCUCAGAUGAACUGUGCUGCUCAAAACCUAAAAGCUUAACCAGCCAAAUGCUGCUUGUUCCUGGUCUUCACGCCUUAUAUAUCUUUCUGUUUUUGCCAUCACUCCCUGGGAUUAAAGGUGUGUGUCACCAUGCCUGGCUGUUUUCAAUGUGGCCUUGAACUCACAGAGAUCCAGAGGGAUUUCUACCUCUGGAAUGCUAGGAUUAAAGGUGUGAGUGCUACCAUUUUCUAGCCUUUGUAUCUAGUGGCUGUUCUGUCUCUGACCCCAGAUAAGUUUAUUAGGGUGCACAAUAUUUUGGGGAACACAAUACCACCACAAGAGCUACACAGGGAAACUCCGUCUCGAAAAGCAAAACAACAAAAAAAUUUUUUUUAAUUAUGUGUGAUUAAGAUAUGCUAACAAAAGCUUCUAGAGAGGCAUGAGGAAGGGACAAAAUGGUCAUUUUUGGGCUGAGAGGCUUAGCUCAGAUGCAGAACAGUUGUCUAGUGUGUGUGAAGCGGUUCAACCUCGUCUCUGAAGAAAGAAGUUAUUACUUAAAGAUUGUAUGGUUGUGUGCAUGGAAACCCAAAGUCAUCUGCACAGAGAUGACUAGAACUUCAAGUUUAACAAAUUUACCAGCUAAGAGACUGGCAUUAAAUGUUUCUGAAUAGUGAGGCUGGAGAGAUAGAUCGGGGAUCAAGAGCACGUGCUGCUCUCGCAGAUGAACCCGCAUGGAGGCUUACAAUACAACCGUCUGUAACUCCAGUCCCAGGGGAUCUCCUGGCCUCUGGGCACCGGGCAUGCAUGUGCACACACAUACAUGCAGGCAAAUACUCGUACAUAAAUAAAAAUAAACCUUUUCAAAAUAUGAACAUAAGAUUCAAUGUCAUCAGCCAUUAAAAAUACAAAUUAAGAGCUCAGAAGACAGCUCAGCAGGCAAAAGCCCUUACCACCAACCUGAGUUCUCUCCCCAGGACUCACAUGGUGGAAGGAAAGAACUGAUCUCUGCAGGUUGUUCUCUGACCUCCGUACACUCACUGUGGCAUGCUCACCCUCCUCCCACCCCCACUACACACACACAACAAAUACAUGACAUUAAAAUUUAACUAUAUAUCAAGAUAUCAAUAAGAUGCCAUCACGUGUGCACUGGUGACAGAAACAAGGGCCCCAGUUGAUGGCUGGUGGGAUGCAGAACCGUGAGAAACAAGCACAUGGGAGAUGGAAGUUAAACCCAUGGACCUUUAACCAUAUAUCCUUGAGAAAUUCUGCUGCGCAUAGAAAAGACAUCAAUACGCUGAUUAGCACUGUUUAUCACCUGAAGCAAAACCAUUACAGUAGAAUGAUAGACAUAUUAGCAUUCAUAAAGUGGAGCCCGGUGGCAGGCUGUUCACACACUGGAUAAAUCUCAGAACAUUUUUAUUGCAUAUUGUAGAAGAAUGCGUUCAGUAUGAUGUAGCCCUGGCUCUUCCUCGGGGAAGAGCACACUAAUUGUUUAUCCAAUACCAAAUGCUCAUCUCUGAAAACAUACAUACAAUAACAUUGUACAUACUAAGAGGGUUUUAGUUAUAUAUUAGGAAUAUAUAUAUAUAUAGUAUACUUAUAUAUAUAUAUUAUAUAUAUAUAUAAAACAGCAAUUAAUGAAAAAACGCCAUGAAUUUGAAAGAGCAAUGAGGAAUAUAUGGGAGGGUUUGGAGGCAGGAAAGGGAAGGGGGAAAUGAUGUAAUUAUAAUCACAAAAAAAAAUAGGGUUUUUUUUGAAAAAAUACUAAAGUACAACUUGAAGUUUGUUAACAUAAAUUGAUAUCUUAACAAAACUUGGCAAAUUUUUCACUAAGUUUUACGUUCUAGAAAGGUAUCAUGAAAGCCAUCUUGACACCCAAAUCCAAUGACAAUAAACUAUAAAAGAAUAAAUGGGGGGGCAGUUGCUGCCAUGCCUAGCAAAAUAAUACUUUUUUUGAGUGUAAAAAUAUUUAUUCUAUUGAAUUCAGAUGAUCUAGAGCGUGCAUGGCCUGUGGAAUAAAUGGAUUUGCCACUCAUCUGUAACUGGUUCAGUGGUUGAGAAUGGUUUUAGCAUUUUUUUAAAAAUUUAUUCAUUUUACAACCCAGCCACAGCCUCUCCCCAUCCUCCCCUCCCAGCCUUUCCCCCUAUUCCACUCCUACCCUCCCAACCUCCUCCCAAAAUAAUACUUUUUGAUGGCCUUAUAAAGACAUAUUUUAUCUACUAUAAAGUUCGUGCAUUUGAAGUACACUAAUCAUGGUUUGUCUCAGUGGUAAGGCACACUUAACAUGUGCAUGGCCCUGGGUUCAAUCCCUGGCACCAACAAAGCAAGUAUACUCUUUGAUGGCUUUAGUGUUCUAAGUUAUACAGUCAUAUCAUUUUAGAAUAGUUUCUUUUAGAAAUGUCUUAGUGGUUAAUUUUAUGUGUGUGGGUGUAUAUGUGUGGGUGCGCGCAUCACAUGAAUGCAGUGUCCAUGGAAGCUGCAAGAAGGCGUCAGGUGCUCUACAACUGGAGCUACAGCUGGUCUUGAACUACCAUGUGGCUGCAGAGAAACAAACAUAGAUCCUCUGCAAGAGCAGCGGGUGCUCUGAACCCCUGAGUCAACCCUCCUGUAACAGCCCCAUACCUGGUAGUUGUCACCCAGGCCUUUUCCCCCAGCGCUUGGUACCCAAUCACUCACUACUCCUGUUUUCUGUCUGUACUCAACUAACGGAGCCAUCUCCAUAGUCCUGUUUUUCCUUUGUUUUGUUUUGUUUGAGAUAGGACCUCUAGCCCAAGUUAUUCUUGAGCUCACUAGGAUGAUCUGGAACUUCUGAUCCCCCUGCCUCACUUCCUGUGUGCUGGGAUCACAGUUGUGCACCACCACACCCCAUUUUUUCAGUGUCAAUCUAAUCAUUUGCAAAGCUCAUUGUUUGCUCACCCCACUCCUACUAAUGGACUCUUAAUUUGUUUAUAUUUCCCCUAAGUCCCUAUAUAUGGCUUAGUGAUAAUCCAAUUAUGUCUUUUAGAUUUUAAAAAGGGGGCUCUUCCUUGGUUAAAGGGAUGUUGGCAGCUUUGUGCUUUUAAUACAGUAAUCUCUACAGUAAAUGUAAGAAAAAACAGGUUCAUCAUAAAGGUAGAGUUUGGGCAGCAUCCAUGAAUCUGAAGGGUUCAAUUUUUGGGGAUUUAAUUUGUAUGAACUGAAAAAUAUAUUUUUUGCCUAGUGUAGCAAAAUUAGUUGUUUGUGAUUUGAAAUUCUCCCUGAAGUGUGAGUCACUUGCACAUACCUCUGUUUGUGUUUCAGGAUAAGAGACUUGGAUUUUAGCUGUGGUGGAAAUUGCAGACUACUGUGGUUGUCAUGCAUGCCAACAAAUCACACAGAAUUUGGGGAGUGUGCCUCUGUCCUGGAUAGGCUUGUGUGAAUUAAAAACACAGGCUAAUGUUUUAUGUAUCUUCAGCCUGAUGUUUUAUAUCAUAUUUCAUCUGAAGUCUCAAAUUGACACACAUUAACCUAUAUAUUUUUAAACCUUUUCAAAAUUAUACUUGAUAUGAGCUUGAUACUAAACUACCUUAUUACAGUUCUGAAGCUGGCAAGUGUGGUGAGUGUUUCCAUGGAAACCUUAAUGUAAUAUUCCCUUGCUUUCAUUUAAAUUUCAUUUUUAAUAUUGCAUUAGCGUUUUUGCAUUUAAUGGGUAGAUAUUUGAAUUAAUAUUGAAGUGCCCACUCUAGUAUAAAUAAAAUAUAAGAAAUGAAAAUGUGAUUUUUCUUCUGAGGAACAAAUGAACGUGUAAUCCAAGAUGAUGUAGAAAUAACAGUACUUGAGUUUUAAAUUAUUGGGUUCCAUUCAUUUCAGAACUUCUUAAGGGAUCCCAGGGAAAGAUAAAAGAAUGUUUGUGGAUAGCUACACAGUCCAUGUCUUUAACAUCACCAAUACAAUUCCUAAUUCCUGGAGCCUAGUUGGAAGGUAAUUUACUGUGCCCUGACUAGUUUGUCUGACUAGAUGACCACUAAAGGCUCCUUUCCUGUGUAAGUCCUCAUUGGCGUCAUUUGUAGGGUGAUGCACUUUAUCUUACUUAAAACAGCAGUUAUAUUACCAAGUAAGGCUUAUCUAUUUGAAUCCAUUAUAUAAAAUCUAACAUACUACAGAUAAAUUCCAGAAUACUGUGCAUUCUCUUUUUGUAUACUAUGCAUUCUUGACUGCACACAGUAUGCUUGCAUAAGAUUGUGAAUACAGUAUUGAAAACUUAAAUAAAUAGGGUCAGGAGAGAAGGCUCAGUGGGUAAAGCACAUGCUGUGUGAGCAAAGGACCCGAGUUUGGUGCCCAGCACCCACUUAAGCUGAGUACAGUGGCAUACCUCCGUAUCCCCAGCCGUGGGAGUAAAGGGAGACACACAAAUCCUGGGGCUUGCUGGCCGGCCAGUCUAGCCAAAAUGGUGAGCUCGGGUUUAGUGAGUGAGAGACUUUGUCUCAAAAAAUAAAGUGGAAGGACUGGAGCGAUGGCUUAGCAGUUAAGAGCACAAGCUGCCCUUACAGAAGAACAGGGUUCGACUCCUAACAUGCACAUGGCAGCUCACAGCCAUCUAUAAUUCCAGUUCCAGGGAUCCAAUGUCCUCUUCUGCCCUCCAUGGGCACUGAACACACAUUAAUUAACUAAUUAAUUAAUUAAAAAUAAAGUGGAAAGUAAUAUAGGAAGAUACCCAAUGUUGACCUGUGGCUUACACAAACACACACACACACACACACACUUGCAUAAACCCACAUACAUAAUAAAUACAUCUAAAAAUAAGUAAAAAAUAAAAUGUUAAGUGAAAUUUCUUUGAAAAAGAAAAGAAGAAAGUCUAAAUAUAUGUUGUAGUGAUUUGAAUAAGAAUUGCCCCCAUAGGCUCAUAUAUUUGAAUGCUUAGUCAUCGGAGAGUGGCACUACUUGAGAAGGAUUAGGAGGUGUGGCCUUGUUGGAAGAAGUGUAUCUGUAGGCAGAGUUGUUUUUUUUUUUUUGGUCAGGACCACUGGCUCCCAGCUCCCAAAUAACCACACACAGACUUAUUAUUAAUUACAAAUUCUCAUCCAAUAGCUUAGGCUUAUGACUAACUAGUUCUUGCAACUUAAAUUAACCCAUAUUUCUUUUUUCUUUUCUUUUUUCUUUUUUUUUGGUCGGGGGGGACAUUCAAGACAGGGUUUCUCUGUGUAGUUUUGGUGCCUGUCCUGGAUCUCGCUCUGUAGACGAGGCUGGCCUCAAACUCACAGAGAUCCUUCUGGCUCUGCCUCCCAAGUGCUGGGAUUAAAGGUGUGUGCCACCACCGCCCAGCCCCAUAUUUCUUAUCUAUGCUCUACCACAUGGCGGUAACCUUUUUCAGCACAGCAUGUUCAUCUUGCUUCUCUCCAUGUCUCCUGGCGACUCUGCCCUCCUUCUUUCCUGUGCUCUAUUUUUGCCUGCAAGUCCCACCAAACUUUUGCUGCCUAGCUAUUGACCAGUCAGCUCUUUAUUAACCAAUGAGAGCAAUACAUAUUUACAAUGUAUAAAAAGAUUGUUCCACAGCACUUCCCUCUUUUUGUCUAAUUAAAAAGGAAGGUUUUAAACUUUAACAUAGUAAAAUUAUAUAUAACAAAAACAGUUAUCAAGUAAGAAUUACAGUUACACCCGGCAGUAGUGGCACAUGCCUUUAAUCCCAGCACUUAGGAGGCAGAACCAGGAGGAUCUCUGUGAGUUCAAGGCCAGCCUGGGCUACAGAGUGAGUUCCAGGAAGGCACCAAAGCUACACAGAGAAACCCUGUCUUAAAAAACCAAAAGAAAAAAAAAAAGAAUGAAAUCAAACUCCAUAUGGAGGUUCUUUGAUGCCCAUCAUCUUCUUUUGAAGUAAAUUGGUGCUGUCAGGAGCAGAUGAGUCUCACUAUCAUGAAAAGCCUUAGUGUUGUUAUCUGUUUUUUAUUAUCUACAGUGGCUGCCCCUUAAGCAAUGGAUUUUGUUCCCUCAGGCUCUUUCAAAGCUACUAAGGAAAGCUUUAUCUAAAUCUAAAAAACUCACAUUUCAACGAUUUAUGUGGAGUUCUGCUCAAUGGAGAGAGGCUGAAUAGCAAGUAGCUAACCUUUUCCUUUUGCUGUUGUCUUCCAAAAAACCCAACAUCCUUCUCUCAGCCCCCACUUAAAAGACCCUUGCUACACGUGGUUCCUCCUUACCACUUCCUGUCAGCUACUUGCUGACUCUGUCUCCUGCUUGCAGAUUAAUUUUAUUUAACCAAACACAUCUUUGAAUUGUUAACAAAAGCAGUAGGAAUAAAUGCAACACACUUUAAAAUAAUAUUCCCAAACCCUCUAUGUUAUUAAACACCUUAAAUGACAUAUUCUAUAGGCCUUUGAAGUGUUUGAAGACUAUCUGUCUAUCUAAAUAUAUCUCUUUAACCUUGAAAACAUACCUACUAUUACAAGUUUCAUUAUUAGAGAUGACUAAUUAUUAACCUGUAUUUCUUAAUUAUACAUUACAUUUUUAAAUGAACUACAUAAGCACAAUACCCCAAACAAGAGUAGAAACAUCCCUACAGUAUAACAAGAAUAACUUUAUUGUUUGUUUGUUUGUUUUUUUGUUUUUUUCAAGACAGGGUUUCUCUGUGUAGCUUUGCGCCUUUCCUGGAACUCGCUUUGGAGACCAGGCUGGCCUCAAACUCAUAGAGAUCCACCUGCCUCUGCCUCCCAAGUGCUGGGAUUAAAGGCGUGAGCCACCACCGCCCGGCCAAGAAUAACUUUAAAUUUGUAGCAAUAAACCAAAAUUCAUAUCAAUGUAAAAUAUUUUGAGAUUAAUAGUUGCUUUGGGGAUUAAAGUAGAUUGAAUAAUCUACUCUUUUUUUUCUAGCAUUCCUAUGACAUAUCCCCCUUUUUUUCCUUUAAAAAGAAAUCUUUGAAUUUAACUCUUUUAUUUAGCUUUUUUUCUUGACUAUGACCAAUAACAACUUGUAACCAAUUCCUGCUAAAUGAUAACAAACAUCCAUAACCCAUCUUUUGGGAAUGUGGGCAUUGUUUUCUCUAGAUACUUCCUAUUCUCUGGAGCACUGUCAUCUUUGGGGGAACCUUGAGAAAAUUUAGAGUAAUGGUUAAGUCUUGGCUGGAGUAGUCUCUGAGGCUUGACCAUCUCAGCCAGCAUCCUUGAAACUGUUCUGGAUACAGAACUCUGAGGAAACUGCAACAGAGGCAUUUUGAGAUGUUGGAUCACCUGGGCCAUUUGUUUUCAUUAGUGUCUGUUCCCCCUGUUCUGAAAAUACAUAAACUUUCAAAGGUAACAUAUCUGUAUUAAUACAAAUAUAAACUGUGUAUUGUACACAAGUUAGUCAAAGAUGAUUUUUGUUUUAUGUUUGAGCAGAUAAAAUAUACAUUAGGUGUCUUGUAGUUGGAGUUUUUUGUUGUUGGUGGUGGUGGUUUUUUUUUUUUUUUGGUUUGUUUAUUUAUGUUUGUAGUCAGAAUUUUCAGGGGGUCUUCCCUAAUCAAAUGUAAUCCAUAUCAACCUGGAAUGAAUCCUUAGCCUCUCAUUUUCUGUGGAAAUAAAAGUAUAACCUCUCCCCAAUAUAAUAUAUUUUUGACUUACAUUUUGAAGUUAAGACAUUUUAAAUAUAUAUGGGUUGGUUUAAUUUAGCAGUUUUUAUAAUCCAGUGACUCUCAGCAGCUAUUGUCUGUUCAUCAACAAUAAAAAAAAUUUAAGGACAACACAAUAAUAUACAGGAUCCAGACUCCCUGUGUAUUUUCCAUCUUUACAGUGGCUUUUUUCUUUUAUAUUACUUUACUCCUUUUUUAAACUCCUUUAUGUUAUUAUUUUUAAACUUUUUUAUGGCUAGCUAUACCCUUUCUUCUUUCUCUCCCAAGCCUUUGUACAUUUUUAAACACAUUGUAACCUGUUUAGAGGUUUUUAUUUUCUGCUUGGAUCUGUCCUUACUGUGUAUCUGUAAUCUUUUUUGUCUGCAUGAACAAAACCUUAAACCUCCAUGAAGCUUAGCUCAUGGCAUGCUGGUGGGGCUCACGCCGGUGGCUCAAGCCCACAGGCAGCGGCUGGGAGAUGCAGCUCUAUAUGGCAGCUAGUAUGAGACUAUGAGACUAGGAAGCCACAUUUGGCUCUGUUUUUGUGUGUUUGGAAUCUUUUUUUAACCUUUCUUAGGUCCUUCGUGGAUGCAGGUGUCAGACGCUAGGUGCCAUUUAUAGGUAGAGGUUUUUGUCAGGACCGCCAGCUCCCAAAUAAUUACACAGAGACUCAUUGUUAAUUAUAAAUGUUUGGCCAAUAGCUUAGGCUUGUUACUAACUAGCCCUUGCCACUUAAAUUAACCCAUAUUUCUUAUCUAUGCUCAACCACAUGGCAGUACCUUUUUUCAGCAUGGAAUGUUCAUCUUGCUUCUCUCCGCGUCUCCUAGCAACUCCACCCUCCUUCUUCCCCAUGCUCUCUUUUUUUGGGGGGGCGGGGUUUUCAAGACAGGGUUUCUCUGUGUAGCUUUGCGCCUUUCCUGGAACUCACUUGGUAGCCCAGGCUGGCCUUGAACUCAUAGAGAUCUGCCUGGCUCUGCCUCCCAAGUGCUGGGAUUAAAGGCGUGCGCCACCACCGCCCAGCUCCCAUGCUCUCUUUUUGUGUGCAAGUCCCACCUAACCUUUUGCUGCCUAGCUAUUGGCCAGUCAGCUCUAUUAGCCAAUGAGAGUAAUACAUAUUUAUAGUGUACAAAAAGAUUGUUCCACAGCAUGUAUCACUGGGAGUAGGCUUUGAGGUUUCAAAAACCCAAGCUGAACCUAGUAUUGCUCUCAUCCUGUUAGCUACAGAUCCAGAUGUAGAACUCUCAGUUACUUCUUCAGCUCCAUGUCUAUCUGCCUGCCUGACACCAUGAUCCCUGCCAUGACAAUAAUGGACUAAAUCUCUGAAACUGUAAGCAAGCCUCAAUUAAAUGCUUUCUAAGAGUUGCCUUGGUCAUGGUAUCUUUUCACAGCAAUAGAACACUGACUAAGACACAUAUAUAAAAUUUUAUGGCCGGGCAGUGGUGGUGCAUGCCUUUAAUCCCAGCACUCCGGAGGCAGAGGCAGGCGGAUCUCUGUAAGUUCAAGGCCAGCCUGGUCUACAAAGUGAGUUCCAGGAAAGGCGCAAAGCUACACAGAGAAACCCUGUCUCAAAAAACCAAAAAAAAAAAAUUUUUAUUGUGGUUGGUGGUUGUUUUUUACUGUUUUGCUCUUUGUGGGCCCAUCACCCAGCUCCCAUAUAAUCACGCAGAGUCUUAUUCUUUCUUGUGAAUGUCUGGUCUUAGCUUGACUUAUUUUUAGGCAGCUUUUCUUAACUUAAAUUAUCCCAUCUACCUUUUACCUCUAGGCUUUUACCUUAUUCUGUUUCUGUAUAUCUUUUCUUUCCUUCUUAUUCUGUGUCUAAUUGAGUGGCUGGCCCCUGAAAUCCUCCUCUUCUUUUCUUGCUCCCCAAUCUUCUCUUCACAGAUUUCUCCUAUUUAUUCUCUCUGCCUGACAACCCUACCUAUCCUUUCUUCUGCCUAGCUAUUGACCAUUCAGCUUUUAUUAGACCAAUCAGGUGUUUUAGAUAGGCAAAGUAACACAGCUUUACAGAGUUAAACAAAUGCAACAUAAAAGAAUGCAACAUAUCCUUGCAUCAUUAAAUAAAUAUUCCACAGCACAAACAAUUGUAACACAUCUUUAACUAACAUUCCACAACAGUCUAUGGUUGGAAUGGACACUUGGGUGUCAAUAGCCUGUAGUUCUUGAGCUGGACACUGUGACACGUGCCUGUGAUCACAGCAUGUAGAAGGCUAAGUUAGGAGGAUUGCCUUGAUUGAAGGCCAGCCCUGAACUACACUGUACCAGGCCAACCAGGACUUAUACCAAAUACCUGUCUUUAAAGAAACCAGAUUUUGAUUCUUGUUGAUGCACUACAAUGAGUAUCAUUCAGUCCCACGUGUAAGAAGCUCAGUUAGGAUCACAGGGUUUUAUUUUACUCCCAUUCUCCCUAAAAGAAAUUUGGAAAAUUAUAAAUCCAUUCAAACCUUUUGACUUUUUAAAAAUUUUCAUUAUUAGUUUAAUUAAUGACAAAUUAUUUAAUUUCUGAUAUAUUAAUGUUUUAAGUAUAUGUAUUUAUUUGUGUAAACAUGUCUGUGUGUGCACCUGUGUCUCUGCACCUGGAGGCCAGAAGAAGGCAUCAAGUGUCCUCCAUCACUCUCUACCUAUUCCCCUGAAGCAAAGUCUCUCCCUGAAUCUGGCAUCUGCAUUUUCUCUGCUAGGCUGAAGCCAGUAAACCCUGGCAACCCUCCAUCUUUGUCCCCCUUUAGAGCUGCAGUUACAGGUGUGGAGGAUGCCAGGUGUGGCAUGUGUGCCAGGACCCGAAUUCCAGGUCUAAUGAUUGUGAAGUGAGCACUCUUAACCACGGAAGCAUCCCUCUAGCCCCCAUGCUAACAGUUAAGAUAGAAAUAUCUAUUAAAUAUACCUGGAAAGACCUACAUUUCAGAACUGGAAAGGAAGGGUGAUUGCCACAGCCUGGAGGAGAGGCAGAUGAGGAUGCUUGAUGGCUGUAUAUUUCCAGCUUUACAAGAUGAAAAGGUUGCUUCUUUUUUUCUUUUAGGUUUUUCAAGACAGGGUUUCUCUGUGUAGCAGCCCUGGCUGUCUUGGAACUCGUUCUGCAGACCAGGAUGGUCUCGAACUCACAGAGAUCCCCCUGCCUCUGCCUCCCAAGUGCUGGGAUUAAAGGCGUGAGCCACCAUACCUGCCUUGAAAAGGUUUCUUAAGUUGUCUGCACAGUGAUGUGUGUGUACUUACCACAAUUAAGAUGGUUAACAUGGUAAACACACACAUUGGUAUAAUGCCACAUUAAAAAAAUUCAAAGUAAGCCGGGCGGUGGUGGCGCACGCCUUUAAUCCCAGCAC